AUGAUCGCCGUGCUGUUUGACGAUGCGCCGUGGUGUGGCCACUGCAAGGCUCUGGCCCCCGAGUAUGCCAAAGCAGCUGGCAGGCUGAAGGCGGAAGGCUCGGAGAUCAGACUGGCAAAGGUAGAUGCCACCGAGGAGUCCGAUCUGGCUCAGCAGUAUGGUGUGCGUGGCUACCCUACAAUCAAGUUCUUCAAGAACGGAGACACCGCUGCCCCCAGAGAGUACACAGCUGGCAGAGAAGCUGAGGACAUCGUGAACUGGCUGAAGAAACGCACCGGCCCCGCCGCCAGCACGCUGCCCGACAGGGCCGCCGCGGAGGCCUUGCUGGAGUCCAGCGAAGUGACUGUCAUCGGCUUCUUCAAGGAUGUGGAGUCGGACUUUGCCAAGCAGUUCCUGCUGGCAGCGGAGGCCAUCGAUGACAUACCUUUUGGGAUCACGUCCAACAGCGACGUGUUCUCCAAAUACCAGCUGGACAAGGAUGGGGUUGUGCUCUUCAAGAAGUUUGACGAAGGCCGGAACAACUUCGAGGGUGACAUCACCAAAGACAAGCUGUUGGACUUCAUCAAGCACAACCAGCUGCCGCUGGUCAUCGAGUUCACUGAGCAGACAGCCCCGAAGAUUUUCGGAGGUGAAAUCAAGACUCACAUCCUGCUAUUCCUGCCCAAGAGCGUGUCUGACUAUGAGAGCAAACUGAGCAACUUCAAGAAGGCCGCCGAGCGCUUCAAGGGGAAGAUUCUGUUCAUCUUCAUCGACAGCGACCACACGGACAACCAGCGGAUCCUGGAGUUCUUCGGCCUCAAGAAGGAGGAGUGCCCCGCCGUGCGCCUCAUCACCCUGGAGGAGGAGAUGACCAAGUACAAGCCGGAGUCGGACGAGCUGACGGCGGCGAAGAUUGAAGAGUUCUGCCACCGCUUCCUGGAGGGCAAGAUCAAGCCCCACCUGAUGAGCCAGGAGCUGCCCGAAGACUGGGACAAGCAGCCCGUCAAAGUGCUGGUCGGGAAAAACUUCGAAGAAGUUGCUUUUGAUGAGAAAAAGAACGUCUUUGUGGAAUUCUAUGCCCCGUGGUGUGGGCACUGCAAACAGUUGGCCCCCAUCUGGGACAAGCUGGGAGAGACGUACAAGGACCACGAAAACGUCGUCAUCGCCAAGAUGGAUUCGACGGCUAACGAGGUGGAGGCCGUGAAAGUGCACAGCUUCCCCACACUGAAGUUCUUCCCAGCCGGCGCCGACAGAGCGGUCAUUGAUUACAACGGGGAGCGGACGCUAGACGGUUUUAAGAAGUUCUUGGAGAGCGGUGGGCAGGACGGGGCCGGAGACGACGAUGACCUGGAAGAUCUGGAAGAGGCGGAAGAGCCUGACCUGGAGGAAGAUGACGAUCAGAAAGCUGUGAAGGACGAACUGUGACACGGAGG